AACACAUAGGCUAAGGAGAUAAAUAAUGUACCAGACAUUGGUAAUUGCUCUUAUAUUAUUGGCUGCAGGGCGUACCAUUGCAAGAUCGGCAUGCACAGACAGCCAAUUGAUAUUCUUCCAAUGGGGCACGUGGUCCGAUUGCGUUGCCAACACGCGCUCGCGCUCCUGCUACGCUGACCACUCCUCCGAGACAAGUUCAUGCGGUGUUACCACGCCUACUAUACCUCCAACAACUACGACCGUUACCACCACCUUACCGACCACCGAGGCAACCACUCAUAAACGAGUGACAGAAAGCCCAACAGCGUGCACUGACAGCCAGUCGAUAUUCUUCCAAUGGUCUGCCUGGGAGGAGUGUGUGGGCGGGAUCAGACGGCGCAUUUGCUAUGCCGACAAAAACUAUGGCCACGCCCAGUGCAUGGACACAUCAACAAGUUCCACGACACCUCGACAUAUGAGCGGCACCAUGAACCUUUAUACCGCCUCGACAUAUCAAGCUGACCGAACAACAACGCUUGAUCCUCGUCACGGUUUAAACUGCAGUUUUACACCUUGUCAAAACGGAGGGACGUGUAACCAGUUAAAAGACACAUACACAUGUACUUGCGACAUGACGUACACUGGAAUGCACUGCCAUAAAUAUCUAUUCUCGUCGUACGACAACAGCUGUCGACCAAUGAGUAACGGUACCGGAAGUUGCUACGUGAUUUUCCACACGAAAGACACUUGGCAGGGUGCACGUGAGUUUUGUGAGGCUCGUCAAGGUCACCUUGCUGUGACGGAGGACCAGUCGGAGGCGUUCUUCCUAGAAACAUUCCUGGGAUCAAUGAAAGCAACGUAUGAUGAGGAUCUGUUUUGGAUUGGCGGUCAGACGUUGGGCACAGGAGAUCUACAGUGGCUACCCGGUCAUAGCACACUUAUUACCAGGUGGCCUGGCGGACGGGCGCCGGCCGCGAGUGGAACAACAGAAUGUCUGGCGAUAGACGGCCAGUUGAGUUUCCAGUGGCAACCCCUUCCAUGCAACAGGCCCACAUACUUCGUGUGUGAGGAAAAGUCUUUGUACAGUCCUGUCCUUGGCUGAGAGCCCUAUUUCUAUCAAUUAUAAUUAAACGUAAUAAAAACGCCUGAUCGAC